AUGGCCACUAGUGGGAGUCUACUGCAAGUAAGUCCUGUUGUAAUUACAGCAGUAUUAUCUUCUAGUCUGUUAGCAGAAAGAAGGGCCGUGCACAACCACAACUGUGCUCCCGGUCACCGCCGCGGGGACCAGGUCUGCUUUCCCAAGCGCCACGAGCACCAGCAGCCGCCACGAAGGCUACUGAAGCCAGUUCCGGUUGCGCCGCCGCCUUCCCACGCCCAGCGCCCGUCUCCCUUCACGCCCAGCGGCCGCCGCGCUUCCCGCCACGCCCUGGCGUCACUGCCGGAGCGGCCCAAGAUGGCGGCCGGCGUCUCCGGCGGGGAUCCUCUGCCGAGGCACAGGCGCCCGUUGCGGCGAGGCGCAGAGUGCCGCGAUCCGCUGCUGCCGCAGCCGCCCCUCGAGGGCGGUGGGACGGCCGAAGAGUCUGCAGCUGUAGAAAACAGGAAUAAGCCUCUUAACAGACUAAAUAUUCACUCUGCAUUCUGGAUUUUGGCAUCAAUUGCUGUGACAUACUACUUUGAUUUUUUUAACACUGUUAAAGAAACUAUUGAGGCAGAUAGCUGGUGGUUUGCCUCUGGCAGUUGUUUGCUGGCUGCAUGUUUAUCUGUUGCCUUGUACUGCAUAAUGUAUCUUGAGUGGUAUCAUGGAAUUGAGGACUACGACACAAAGUACCCAGCACUGAUACCAAUCACUACAGCUACCUUUAUUGCAGCAGCAGUUUGUUUCAACGUUGCCUUGUGGCCUGUCUGGUCAUUUAUGACACCUAUGUUGCUCUUCAUUCAGUUUAUGGGUGUUGUGAUGUUUGUGUCACUCCUGGGAUAAGUCAUUCAGCUUCAUGUGAAGGAUUCAAGUAACUGUUAUCCUGCAAAGUGGAUGUCACACUUGCUACAUUCCAGUACUUUUGUUAUU